AUGGCGACCACACAGGAGGAGAUGUCCAAGCUCAUGGCCAAUGUCAAGCCGUGGUACAAGGACCCUUGUCGGCGGAAACUUUACGCGCUGUUGGUGAUCGCGCUGCUCUCGGCCGCGACCAAUGGAUACGACGGCUCGCUCAUGAACGGAGUGCAGUCCAUCACAUACUACGAGAAUUACUUCCAUCACCCUCAUGGCUCGACGCAGGGAUUACUGAAUGCUAUACAAAGCGUGGGAGGGGUGGUCAGUUUGAUUCUGGCACCUUACAGUGCCGAUUAUGGAGGACGCAAAUGGACCAUCUUCCUCGGGUGCUUGAUCGUUGUCAUUGCUGGUGUCCUGCAAUGUUUCUCGGUGAACAUCCACAUGUUCACGGCUGCUCGUUUCUUGAUUGGUCUCGGAUCUGGCUUCUCUGGUCUGGCUUCGCCGCUCCUUAUCACUGAGCUAGCUCACCCGUGCGAGCGUGGCAAGAUCACCGCCUUGUACAACACACAAUACUACUUCGGUGCCUUUCUCGGAGGCUGGAUCACUUUUGGCACCCUCUACAUCAAGUCCAACUGGUCAUGGCGACUUCCCAGCUUGCUGCAAUCCGCCCCGUCGUUCGUCCAAGUCAUCCUGGUCAUCCUGCUGCCGGAAUCUCCCCGUUGGCUCAUGUCUCGAGGGAAGGACGAGCGCGCCCUUGCCAUCCUCGCAAAGUACCAUGCCAACGGUGACCUGGACGAUCCUCUGGUCCGGUUCGAAUACGCCGAAAUGAAGGCCUCCAUUUCCCAGGGCGAACAAAAGGGACGUUGGUCCGAAUUGCUCAGAACUCGUGGUAACCGCUACCGAGUCUUUAUCUGUCUCUGCUGCGGUGUCUUCUCCCAGUUCUCCGGCACUAGCUUGACGGCGUACUACCUGCACAACAUCCUCGAGAACAUCGGCAUCGACAGCCCCAACUACCAGAAUAUGCUCAACGGCUUCAUCCUGAUGGUCAACAUGUUCGAGGCGUGGUUCUGGGCCUGCAUGGUCGACCGGUUUGGCCGUCGCCCGCUGUUCUUGAUCGCCUCGAGCGGCAUGUGUUGCACGUUCGCCAUCUGGAUUGCCCUGACCGCCACGCAGCUGCAACAUCCCAAGCAAGUUGGAUUCGGCAAGGGUGUCAUCGCCAUGAUCUUCUUCCACAACUUCUUCUAUAACUUUGCCUGGAUCUCUCUCAAUGUCGCGUACCCGCUCGAGAUUCUCAGCUUCAAGAUCCGCGCCAACGGCCUGUUCAUGCAAGGCCUGGCCACGAACAUCUGCCUGUUCCUGUCGCAAUACCUGAUCCCGAUCGGCAUCGAUGCUGGCAGCUGGAAGUUCUACUUCUUCUUUGAGGGAUGGCUGGUCAUUCAGCUGGUGACCGUCUACUUCUUCUUCAUUGAGACGCGCGGCGCCACCCUGGAAGAAAUUAACCGCACCUUCGACGGCGCCGACGCCGUUGAGGAGAUCAAGGCAAAGGCCAACGAGGCCGUCGGGAUUGGCGACAUCACAGAACUCGGUGGCCGCCGCAAAGGCGAUGAGGACGGCGUCGGUGUCGAGAUCACCCACGUGGACGAGAUUCAUGAGAAGACUUCAUAA